CUCUCUCUCUCUCUCUCUCUCUCUCUCGGCGCACCGGUAAAAGCCAAAUCAGGAGAGGCGGCGGGCGCGGCGUUGAAUCCACCGGUCUAGGCCUCGAGGGACAUCCGGAAUCUAGGAGGUCUGUUGUCCAGCAGGUGUCGUUGCGGCGAGCAAAUCGGAAACUAGGAAAGGUCCCAUCUUUGUCAUCCGCCUUCAUCGGUUCGUGCCUGUUCGAGGUCCCACCGGGCUGCGAGCUGGCUUAGAGACGCCGGCUCAGAGUAAAUGUACGCUGUCCCACCUCCGCGAGGCACGGGUCUAGCUGCCUCGAGCAUGGAGGCGGAGGCGGAGGCGGAUGCGCCGAGGGUGUACCAGGCUUGGAAGGGAAGCAACAUAUUUUUUCUUCAAGGGAGGUUUAUAUUUGGCCCUGAUGUGAGAUCAUUGUUUCUCACCAUUUUCCUGAUUGUUGCUCCUAUUUCAAUCUUCUGUGCAUUUGUCGCUGGAAAAUUAAUGGAUGAUUUUUCUAAUUCUCUGGGUAUACCUGUAAUGGCAGUAGCUAUCAUCUUCACUAUAUAUGAUUUAACUCUAUUACUUCUUGCCUCCGGUAGAGACCCUGGAAUAGUACCUCGCAGUGCACAUCCUCCAGAGCCAGAAAUCAUUGAGGGUGGUGGUGAAGUUGGAGGUGUCCAAACUCCACAAUUUCGAUUACCAAGAAUGAUGGAUGUAACUGUUAAUGGUAUGACUGUAAAGGUGAAAUACUGCGAUACUUGCAUGCUAUACCGACCUCCUCGCUGCUCUCACUGCUCAAUCUGUAACAACUGUGUGGAACGCUUUGAUCAUCAUUGCCCAUGGGUUGGUCAAUGCAUUGGACUGAGAAACUAUAGGUUCUUCUAUAUGUUUGUCUUCUCAACGACUUUGUUGUGCCUCUAUGUGUUUGGAUUAUCCUGGGUGUGCGUAAUAAAAAUCAGAAAUGCCGAGCACAUAACUAUUUGGAGAGCAAUGGCCAAGACUCCAGCUUCCAUUGUCCUCAUAAUUUACACUUUUAUAUCGGUUUGGUUUGUUGGAGGUCUGUCCGUCUUUCAUUUAUAUCUGAUGAGCACCAAUCAGACAACUUAUGAGAACUUCAGAUACCGUUACGACCGGAGAGCUAACCCAUAUAACAGAGGCAUCAUGGAGAAUUUUAAGGAGAUUUUUUGUACCAGCAUACCUCCAUCAAAAAACAACUUCCGUGCAAGAGUGUCACAUGAACAAGGACUUCAACCACGCUCCUCGAUUGGAGGCUUCAUGAGCCCAAACGUGGGAAAAGCUGUUGGAGACAUUGAGAUGGGCCGGAAGCCAGUGACAUGGGAUGAACUAAGGGCAGUCACGCAAGUUGGUGAGAAUGAAGAGGGUCUAAGCAGCAGAAACAUGAUGGAUGACAAGGAUGGUGAGCUCAGUGAACCUUCCCCUGAUUUAAGCAGGGAGGCUUACACGGGAGGCAUGGAAGUGCAACCUACACAGCACCAUAGGCGAUCAAGUUGGGGAAGAGGUGGAAGCUGGGAGACAGCACCCGACUUCCAAGCUGUGGCAUCUGCUGCGAGGGAAAUGAGGACAGGUAGUGGCAUUGGUAGCAGCAGUUCAGGUGCAUGAAACUCGGCGACACAAGGCAGGUAACUUGUAGAUGGAAAAUUUGGGGAUCAAAAGGUGGUGUUUUGUUAUAUUAUUAGCUUGUGAGGUAUCUUUUUCCAUCCUUUCCUAAACUUUUACUUCAAUAGCAUUAUCGUCAUAAUUCAACAGUUUCAGAACAUUGGCUGGGGACUAGACUCACUUGGCGAAUGUAUAUUUGUGAUUUCAGAAGUUCUUAACAGUCUUACCCAAA